CAAAUCAAGGACUGUGUCGCUGUGGUUCGAGCUAAGCGUGUUUCCCCGGAACACUUCUUUAUGCAUCCUUGUUUCCCUUUUCUGCUCGGAGGUGUUUGCGUGGUGGCUUCGUUUCUGGAAAUAUGGAAUCUGAGAAGGUGCUACAAUACCUGUGUGAAGUUGAGGAGGCGGCCGAAGAGGUUUUAGCAGAUAGACAGCAGAUUGUGGAUCUGGACAUCAAAAGAAACAGAAACAGGGAGGCACUGAGAGCCCUGCAAGAUGACAGAGAGCAGGCUGACAAGGUGAAGGUUUGCUUUGGGAACAUGUUUAUUAAGCUCCCUAGAGCAAAGACCAGAGAGAUGAUUCAAAAAGACCAGAAACAGCUUGAUAAGGAGAUUUGCGAUCUAAGAAACCAACUGAAAGCCAAAGUGAAUCGACUGAACGAGUUGCAAGGCAAGCCAGAACUCAGGGGUUUCAACCUCGCCCCACUCACGAAAGAGGAGCUGCAGGCUGUUAACAUGCAACUUAGAAGAUGAGCUCCAUCCAGGGUUCAUCGUUUUGGAGAAUCAGCUGUGACUGUAAAAGUCUUUGCUUAUUUGUGUGGACUAAAAACUCAGCUUUUGUAAUAGGAGCCUCUGUUCAGAGUCUGUCUUUCACUUCAAUGUGAUACUUUGACAUGAGCAGCGUAUUUGUAAUGCAUCUGCUGUCUGUCCUUGGUGUGCUAGUGCUACACAGAGGGCCUGAAUGAAAUAUUCAGAGGGUACAAGUCAUUCAUGUGUGCGCAUGUGUCAUUACACCACCUCGGUAAGCCAUGCUGGCACUGUGAUCACUCAUUGUGUACUUGUUUCAGACAAAGGUAGUCUGGCACAUGCACUAGGAUCCACCAAUCACAUUUUUGGGACUGCA